AUCGCCUUCACCCAAACGAGCCACCAAGCACUCUCACACACUCUCACCUGCCCCUCGUCCGGCCUCCUAGCACCGCGACACCCUCAUCCCCCUCACCUACUCUUCACUCGCGGAUACCCAUCGCUUCCCACCCACCAUGAGUUCCCCCAAGCGCCGCGUCGACACCGACGUGAUGAAGCUUCUCAUGUCCGACUACCAGGUCACGCUCGUCAACAACAAGAUGAACGAGUUCUUCGUCAAGUUCCAUGGCCCGGCAGAGACUCCGUUUUCAAAGGGCGUCUGGAAGAUUCAUGUCGAGCUCCCAGAACAGUUCCCGUACAAGUCGCCAAGCAUUGGGUUCAUGAACAAGAUCUUCCAUCCCAACAUCGAUGAGCUAAGUGGAAGUGUCUGCCUCGACGUCAUCAACCAGACCUGGUCUCCCAUGUUUGAGCUCAUCAACAUUUUCGAAAUCUUCCUCCCGCAACUCCUGCGCUACCCCAACCCUGCCGACCCUCUGAAUGGCGAGGCUGCUGCGCUGCUCAUGCGCGACCCCAAGGCUUACGCCAAGAAGGUCGAGACCUAUGUCGACAAGUACGCUUCCAACGAGGACGCCGACAAGGCGGGCGACAAUGGCGAGGACGAGCCCAUGUCGCGCUCGCACAAGGCAUCAGCCUCGAACGGGAACGGCGCGUCGAACGGCAACGGUGCAUCGAACGGCAAGGGUGUCGCUGCGACCCACGCAGAAGACGACGAGGACGAGGAUGAGGACGACAACAUGAGUGACAUGGGAGAGCUGAGUGACGGCGACGACGAGUUCAUGGGUGAGAUGGACGAUUGAGUUCGAUUCAUUCCGGGACCACAUGCGUGAGCGCUGGUGUCUGCCAGCGCCGUCACGCCACACGCUUCACUCAUUGUCACACGCCACACGCACCUUUACUCCUCCACCACACCCACCACCAUCACCACCGCUCGAGGGUCUAUGGCGGCAUCCUAAGGGAUAGGGCUGUUGAUCUUCGAGACUCGUAGCUUACUGUUGUAUGAAUUGUGCCAUGUUUCAGCGCACUGCGGAGCUUCGGUCGCUUGGUGUUCGGUUGCCGUGGCCACGGUCGCCCGUUGUCCGUUGUCCGUUGUCCGUUGUCGUGAAACUCGAAGCGGCGCGACGCGAACAGAUCUGCGAGUGCGAGAGAAGGGGAUGGCGCUUUCGUCAAAGGGACUUGCGCGGUUCGUCG